AUGGCCAGCUCUUAUGCCUUCGUUACCCUUGUAUCUUCAGAUUCCUAUCUUCCUGGCGCUCUUACCUUGGUCGCUGCUCUCAAGGACCUUCACAAUUCACCACCAGUAGAACCGGAGGUUGACUUUCAAACCAUUUGUCUCGUCACUCCAGAAUCAGUCGAUGUAUCCACCAUAAAGCUCUUGAGGAGUGCUUUUGACGUCGUCAUUGGUGUCGAAAUUCUUGAACAUGAGAACACCAAGGGCUUAAAACUUCUCGGCCGUCCCGACCUCACCACUGUCCUUACAAAACUUCAUAUUUUUCGUUUAACACAAUAUCAAAAGAUCAUAUUCUUGGACGCAGACGUCCUUCCCAUUCGCUCAAUUUCUCAUCUUUUCAAUUUGCCCCACGAAUUCUCUGCCGUACCCGACGUUGGUUGGCCAGAUAUCUUUAACUCUGGCGUGCUGGUUUUGUCACCUGGGGAGGACAAAUUUAACCAGCUGAAUGAACUCUUAAAGUCCAAAGGCUCCUGGGAUGGUGGAGACCAAGGCAUUCUGAAUGAGUGGCGAGGUGGAGAUUGGAACAGGCUGAGCUUCACAUAUAACACCACUCCAACCGCGGCAUACACCUACGCCCCUGCAUACGAAAGAUAUGGUUCGCAGAUAUCGGCUAUUCAUUUUAUCGGAAAGAACAAACCCUGGAAUUCUAUUUCUUCUCAUUCUCCUCAACAAAGUUAUGAUUACGAGUCUCUCGUUGACAAAUGGUUUGACGUAUACGACAAGCACUAUCGUUCAGAGCCGAUAAUCCCACAAUCUUCUUUUGCGCUGCAGCGUUACUCUUCAGUAUGGGAUAAAAAUGCUGCUACAGAAAAAGCGGGCCCAACAAUGUUGGACUCGAGACCUGUCCUUGGUUUGGAAGAUCUUCGGACUUUAGCCAUCGAAGGUCUCAGCAAGUCAACCGUCACAUCAUUUGGCAAUCUCUUUGGUUAUGGCGAGUAUAGAAGCAUGCCUCUGGAAGGCCGCAUCGAUUUGAUGCGUCCACGCAAAGACCCAGAGCUUGAGGAAAGUGUCCCAACGCAAGUGGAAGAUGUUCAGAAAGCCCAAGACAAGGUCCCAGUCCAAAGUGUCCGAUUUGAUCUCAACCUCCAAGAGACACCAGUCACCCCUCGGUCUGCAACGUUUUCUCUUCCAGAGGAUAUAUCGAGGUGGCAUACUUUACCUACCCCUGGACCAACUGAAAUCCCGUCAAGUCCUCGUUUGCGUGUUGUUUCACUGCCAUCCACACCUACUCCUCAGAGCCGUUUAGAAGUCGCAUCUUCUAAUGUUUAUCCCAUUGACAAAAAGCCAGAGGACAAAUCCAACCCACGUGAAAUUUUUGGGGAGGGUCAUCCCCGUUAUCACAGCCACCAUGAACACCACACGCAAUCCGGACAUCAGGAUUCCAAUGCGCAGCAACAGUACACUCCCGCAUAUUUCGAUGUGCAGCCGUCGGCCAUUUCUGUGCAACACACCCAACAACACCAACAGCGUGAAGACCAAGUCGAGGCUCCUGCUUACCCUCAGCCUCAGUUACGGGACGAUGAGGAUAGUCAGCGCACCGAACCGCAGAAUCACGAGCGAUCUCAUCAAGGAGAGCCACAGCGGCCAUCUUCCCCUCCCAUGAUGGUUUGGAACGCUGCCGUUGACCCGCCUCCAACGACGAGUCCUCCUCCAUCUGUAUUCCCCACAGAUACAUACUUUCCCAAUGUUUGGGAUAAGACUCCGUCCCGACAGAAUGAUCAAACUCAAUCGGGACCUUCUCCGCCUGAUUCAGCAGGUUUCUUCCAAUCCCCUCCUCCAUCGGAAAUCCCAGCUUCCUUGCUUCAACAAGGUCAUUACCGCAAUGUUACUGGCGAAAGUCCUCUAGGAGUCACUCCAAGUCCCGACCGCGGCAAAGUUAAGAAUGUCUUUCCAUGGGAAGAAAAGCCGCGUCAAUUGCCCGCACGUGUGUUUCCUGAUUCCGAUGCCCCGCCACCUGCCCUGUUUCUCAGUCCGGAAAGUCCAAGCCAAGCAUCGACUGCCGCUCCUAACACUCCAGAAGCUGCAAUUACGAGACCCCGUAUUCAGCCUCUCUCGCCAUUAUAUGGUUUACCAUCGAGUUUGACGUAUGCGAACGCUUGGGACACAGUCCCAAGCAUUCAAAAGUAUGCAUCCCAACUUGUGCGCCAGCCACAGCCUCCCCCGCUAGCGCCAGCGUUCGACGAGGACGUUUGGAGAAGGGAUCGCAAGAAAAACCGGGAUGAGCGAGCAGAGGUCAACAGUCGUGAUGGGGAUGAUGAGGAUAAUGCGGACGACGACGACGACGAACCCGCCGGCGCUGAUAGUGACGGAGAAUCGGUGACAAGCACAACAAAACGACGAUCCAGGAGUGGCUCAUUGACAUCACAUUCGCGCAAGCCCAAGAAAGAGUACCGCCAGUUCGGCGUUCAGACGAUUCCGCGUGAGAAGCGUGAACAGGCCGUUCAGGCUGUACAAGACCCUCCUCCACCGCCUGAGCAGGAGAAGGAAAAGAAAGCAACUAUGCAUUCGAAACGGCAAUGGGCCCCAUCCAGUGGGUCCAAUCUGCUUGCACCUACCACGAUACAUGAAAUGAGCAGCGGGCAUGAUGCCCGUAUGAAGUCGACUGCAAACGCCGAAGCGAAAUCUUCACCUGUAUCCGAACCGUUUCAUCCCACGUUAUUAAAGCUUUCAUCGUUAUCCACUGCCCAACCGCGCUCUCCUAUUCGUUCUCCGCGAGAGUUUGUAGUCUCACCUCCAGCCACCAGUCCGCCAGCACGACCUCUACUUUCACCUACUUCAAAACCAAUUGUUCGGACUUCUGCUAUUACCACCGCCAAACUACCCUCCGUUAUAGCUCGACAGAGUUCCAACGAGUCCUCCCUCAAUUCCCCUGCGUCUUCGGUUGGGCCUAUCUCUCCGUCGGAUGGGUUUCCAAUAAAUCCCACCAUGAAGAAGGCAGGUCGCGUUUGGGAUCCUGCUCGGGGGGUUGAAUUGUUUAAACGCGGGUCGGAAGAGGUUUUGGCACGUUUCUUAAAAAUGGGCUCUUGGGAGGACGAGAGUGCGCGCUGAGCACUUUUCUAUUGAUCUGUUUGCGGAUUGUUUUUCUUUUACUUUCGGCUUUUUCAGCGUCCCCUUGCAAAAUUGGCGUUGGUUCGGUCCGCUUGCUCGUAUGCGUUCAUUUUCAUGUUUCCCUUCAUCAUACCCUGCACGCAUCAUGUUUUCUCAAAAUCACCCUUUCUGCCGCAGCAACGUUUAUGUUAGUACAUAAUACACUAGAGAGCUGCUUUAUGGAUGUCGUCAUUCAUC